GUGACACGUCGCAGCUCCAGCCGCCCGCCAGCCGGCGCCGGAAAGGCGCCGGGCACUAAUCUCUUGCCGCGCAGCAUGGAGGGAUGCGGGGAGAGAAGGUGCCGCGGGAGCUUUUGGAAGGCUCCCAGGCGAUCGCCGGCCAUGCGCGGCGCACGCAGUGGCGCCAGGGCCUGUGCCUGCUGGAGACUUUGGAGCUCCAGACGCUGCGGCCGGACCAGGUGGCGAGGAGCGCCGCCAUGGCCGGGUGCUCCCGGGGCGCCGCCUGGGGCUAUGCUCCUCUGCUGCUGAGCUUUCUCUGGCGCGACGGGGUGGAGGUGGACAUCAAGAGUUACAGCGCCGUUUUCAUCGGCAUCACCGGGGCGGCGCUCUGGGGUUACGGCCUGCACCUGCUGGAGGAGCUCCGGUGGCGCGCGCGGGGCGAGGACAUCGUGGCGGUGAACAGCGGUCUCAGCAGCUUCGAGAAGGCGGGGCACUGGUGGGGGGCGCUGGCGCUGCUGGAUGGCGUGGGGCCGUUGAGGCUGCAGCCGGACCUGGUGAGCUUCAAUGCGGCGGCCAGCGCCUGCGAGAAGGGCGGGCAGUGGCUGCUGGCGAUGCAGCUGCUGCGCGCUGCCAAGGACGCUCAGCUCCAGCCGGACGUGGUGUCCCUGGCUGCCUGCAUCAGCGCGGCGGAGAAGUGCGGGCGCUGGGCUCCGGCCCUGGCGCUGCUGGGCGCGCUGCGCGACGCGGAGCUGGAGACCUCUGUGGUGGCCCACAACGCGGCCUCCAGCGCCUGCGAGAAGGGCCACGUGUGGCCUUCGGCCUUGGCGGUGCUGUCGGCGCUGCAGCGGACCUGCCAGGAGCAGUCGGUGGUCUCCUUUGCCGCAGCCUGCAGCGCCUGCGAGAAGCGCCGCCGCUGGGACCUGGCGCUGCUGCUGCAGACCGCCCUCCAGGCUUCGGGCCUGGAACCGAACCUGGUGCUGCGGGGCAGCCUGGUGAGCGCCUGUGAGAAGGACUGGCGGUGGCAGGAGGCGCUCCACUUGCUGGAGGCGUUUGGGCCCUGGCGCGUGAGCCCACAGGAGGUGGGCUUUGCAGCGGCCACCAGCGCCUGCGAGAAGGCCAAGGAGUGGUGCCAGGCGCUGUGUCUGGUCAUGCGCAUGCACGCCUGCGGCUUCGAGCCGUACGUGUACAGCGUGAACGCUGCGCUGAGCUCUCUGGAGAAGGCGGCGGAGUGGGCGCGGGCGCUGCAGCUGCUGUCUGCGCUGAGAAGUUGGCGCCUGGGGGCCACAGCCACCAGCUGCAGCGCGCUGGUCUCGGCCUGCGAGAAGGCGCGGCAGCUGGCGCCGGCGCUGGCGCUGCUGCGCGAGAGCCGGGAGAAGCCUAGGGAGCUGCCGAGCCCUGGGGUCAUCGCCUACAACGCGGUGCUGGUGAUUUGCCGUGCCUUGGGCGAGUGGCAGCUGGCGCUGUGGUUGCUCGCUACCUUGGAGUCAGCGCCCAGCCCGGUGACGCUGGAGCCGGCAGCGGGGGUUCUGGAGUCCCGGCAGAGGCCAAAGUUCCUGCCCAGGCUGCUGCAGAGGAGCGACCUCCUGGCGCAAGUUGCGCUCUCGCGGCGCGUGAGAGUGCGCGUUUCGCC